CAUUACACAGCUGUCAAAGUUUAAGAAGAUAUUAAAACUUUAUAUUAUCUCACUUAAUCCCAAAGCAAACAAACAAAUAAAACGAACAGUCAACUGCCCUCCAAUAAUCACCACCGCCGACGCACCAUUUUCUCUCUCUCUCUCUCUUCCCUUCUCGCCUCUCUCACACGCACAUACACUCUCUUUACAGUUGCUCACCACCCCACUUCCACCUCUCACUUUCUCUCUCCUCUUUCUCUCUCUAAACAAGCUUCCAUUUCUAUGGCGGAAGAGAAGGAAUCUACGUCUGUUCCUCUCAGUCAAGUUGAUCCUGAAGAUCCUGCUAAAGCUCCUCUCACUUCCUCCAAUUCUUCGUCUCGCGAGGCUUGCUGUUAUGUUCUCCAGAGUUGGAUUUCUAAAAAGUUCAUGACUGGAUGUGUGGUUCUCUUCCCUGUUGCAGUCACCUUCUUCAUUACUUGGUGGUUUAUUCAGUUUGUAGAUGGUUUCUUCAGUCCUCUGUAUGAGAGCCUUGGGAUUGACAUAUUUGGACUAGGAUUCAUCACUUCGCUAUUGUUUGUUUUUCUUGUUGGUGUUUUUGUUUCCUCUUGGAUGGGUGCCACUGUUUUCUGGCUUGGAGAAUGGCUGAUAAAAAAGAUGCCUUUUGUUAGGCAUAUAUAUUCAGCGUCUAAACAAAUUAGCUCUGCAAUUUCACCAGAUCAGAACACUACUGCUUUUAAAGAGGUCGCUAUAAUUCGUCAUCCACGUGAAGGUGAAUAUGCUUUUGGCUUCAUCACAUCUUCUGUCACUCUGCAGAAAGAUGAUGGUGACGAAGAAUUGUGUAGCGUGUAUGUUCCAACCAACCAUCUUUAUAUCGGAGACAUCUUUCUGGUCAAUUCCAAGGAUGUUAUCAGACCAAAUCUUUCUAUUCGUGAAGGCAUAGAGAUAAUUGUUUCAGGAGGCAUGACGAUGCCACAAGUCAUAUCACCUGUAGAAAGAACACUGCGACAAAGUGACAGAAUACCGAUGAAUAGAUUGUCAACAUAAUACUAAGGAUGAAGGAUGUUUGUUUUUACAACUGGUGUGAUGUCUGAUUAUCAAUAUGUGAAGAAAGCUAGUUUGCUUGCAGAUAAUACCACAAGAAAUUUGUUAUGCCCACGGCGAUUUCCGAGUGGAUUCAAUGUGGAAAUUUCAGUAAUCCUUAACUGUUAUAUUCAUUCGUGGUGUGUAUACCGUUGUUCUUGUAAUAGUGACCUCUGUACCCAGUAUAUAGGAAAUUUGUAAAGGUAAGGUUAGAGAUUUUGAUGGUAUCCAGUAGCUUCAAUCGAUUUUAUAUAAGCGUCAAAGCGUGUAUCCUAAAUUAUUCCACUAGAUAAAUUUUAUGCUUAAAUCAGGAUGAUAGUUUGCACAAAUUUAUGAUUUGGGAACUUUUGGUUCUGUG